CGAUGCCGAGGCUGCCCUGCCAACGCCGGCUCCUUUGGGGCCGUAAAAACCGCCCAUUCCUGCGAGAUAGUAAAAUGCACCAUACAUAACGACACGAAGAACCAUGGACGCCUCCACGGCCACGCCGGGCAGCCCGCCGGACGAUGCCAGCCUGUCCACCCUCUCGUCGAGACCGCGGCCGCGGCGCUACCGACGGAAGAAACACAGCAUGGGCCGCGGCUUCGACGCCUUCCUCGCCUCCAAAGCCUCGAAGCUUGCAAGAAGGCGCCGCGACUCGUCCGUCCAGGAUUGCGAAAAGUACACCGCCGAGGCCGCGCAACGAGGCUACGCGGCCGUGCGCGAAAGAAAGCGCCAGGACUUCAUCAUGGCCUGCGGCGACAAGGCGCCGCCCGAGCCCCUGACGGAGCUGGUGGCGAUGCAGAAUCCGGAAAAACCAGGGACGUGGGUCUGGAGUCCUCAGUUGGCAGCUCUCCUGGAGCAGCAAGAAGAUCAUGCGCCGGUGCCGAAGCACCCCAUCAACUUGCCGGAGUACAUUGUCGACUGCGAGGACUGGGAGUGGAUCACGGCGAUCGUGAGGUCGGUACUCUUACACAACAUCGACCACUUCGCGCACACGUAUUCGGCCAUCGAGAAGGGCGACAAGUACUUCAUGGGCGGUCGCGCCGAAACUAUUUUCAAGACCGCCGUGACCGUGCGGCCGCCGAAGUUGUACGGUCCCGAAACUCUACCUACCUUACCGGAAUCUGAUAGUGAAUCAAGUGAAGGGGAAAAUAUUUUCAGAGGGGACUUCGAGGACUUCAUGAUGGAGAAGAACCGCCCGACGCCCGGGCAACUCCUCAGGAUGGCCGCAGCUAGGCGCAAGAAGCGCGAGCUGCCUUCUGCUGAAGAUGCUGCUCGAUUGCUCGAGUACGCCUUUGAUCAAGGAGAUAGAGAGAAGCUUCAGCUCGUGGAAGCGGAGUUCGAACACUUGACGAGAAGGGCGAAGACCAAGGCGAAGGCGCGUGAUGAUGUCGUCAAGGGUCCCUCACGAAGGGGCGAACGCGACCUGCGGAAUUUGUGGCACGGGAGCUGGGGCAAGGCCCUGGGGCGCGAGGCCGAGUUGAGGCGCCUCGAGAAGGUGCGCGAGAAGCGUAGGUUGGCGCUGAAGCCGGCCUGGCGGAGUUUGAUCGAGCCCGAGCCCGAGAAGGUUCCUGAGAAGGUCUCAUACAAACCGACGCGCGUCGAGAACCGCGUGGACCGUGCGCAACUACGGAGGAAGAUGCGGGGCGCGGGGCAGCUCUUCUUCUUCCAGCGGCGCGUCGAGCGAGACGCCAAGGCCAAGAUCUCGGAUGAAGUAUUGGCGCGUAGGGCGGCCCGCGAGGCCGCGCAGCAAUUACGGGAGGGUGCAGUCGUUCGCGCAUUAAUGGCCUUCGACGCGGAGCGCCUCAAGGUCUUCGAGCAGCUGAAGGUGGUAAGGGCGGUCUGCGCCGAUCCGGAAUCGCUGAACAGCCAAAAGCGCGACGCGAUGCAAGACUUAAUUGAAGCGCUCGGCCCGCCCGAACCGUUGCGAAGACCGCCCAUCAAGGGCAUGCAGCGGGCCACUAUCGAUGCGGUGGAAGCCAUCGCGACGUGGCACGCGGGCGAGGUCGCCGCGCCCGUCGUGAUCGAGGAAGAACCCGUGGAAGCCUCGGAGGCGCCGGCCCCCGCCGACAAACCCCAGACCAUGGCCGAGAAACUCGCGGAAAUCAAGAAAAGAGCCGCUGAAGCCGAGUACGCGGUCCGGAAUCGCACGCCGCCGCCCACACCGCCGCCCGACCCGCCGCCCUUCCUCUGGAACGGCGUCGAUUUCUUGCUAUGUGUCCGGACGUCGAUGGACUUCUUAGAUCAUUCACCCGAGUUCCGCGCUCAUGUGGGAGACGACUUCCCCCUGCGCGACAACCCCUUCAUGCUGCCCACGGGCAUAGAUGGAGACGCCGACGACGAGGGCGCCUCCGACGGUGGCGAGGACCUGGCCUCCGACUCGGACGACGACGAGGCGGAGAAGAAGCGCAAGGAGAAGAAGCGGGAGCUGCGGGCGCGGGCGUCGUCGUGGCCGCGGUUAGGUGAUUCGGAGCACCGCGAUCGGGUGCACAAGUGCCGCGAGUACGUGUUGGCGCACGAGCGGCGCUACCGGGCGCGCGAGGAAGCCGAGAGGGUGGCGCUCGCGAACGCUCGAAAAGUGAGAAACGAGGACGUCGCGCGGCGCAAGUUGUUUGCGCGGGCGAAGACGCACCCGUGGGAAUUUCUCGACGCGAACGACCCCGACGGUACUAAGGCUGAGAGAAAGAGGCGGAACCGGCGCGUCGUGCGGAAGCCGGGCUCGGAGUCGCUGCCGGCGAUCCGCGUGCGCUUGUGACCCUUGCCAGUCGACGGGAUAUGUU